UGGUGGUGGAGAUGUUUGGAGUUUGGACAAGAACGCGGAGAGAAAAGCAGUGGCCAACUCGCAACUUUCUGGGCCACUGAAACACCCUCCAGCCCGAAAAACUAUAAUGAAAUAUACUUCCAGGUAUUUUCAGAAGACGUAAGAGUUGACGUUAAAGUGAUUUGUUGAAACUGGAGCUGCUUCCUUGUUCGACAACGGGGUGAAAUAUCUCAACAUCCUCACAAAGAAACUUUGCUUGCUAGGCUGCUAACUCGCACACAAGUAGAAAAAAAAAAGUAUUAUCACCGCCGAAGACUUUAUCACACGCUGGCAGUAACCUCUUAUCCGUCGAGCUAAGCGUUAGGGGUGGGUGUAUUUAUUUGGAAAUGGUAUCUGUGUUCCUCGAGACUGACUUUUGUAACGGUUUUUAGUAGUCUUCAUUACAAGUGGAGGAAGAGUUGCAGCUGGUAACUUAGCCACGACCAGGGUAUCCACAGAGCGCCCCCAAAUCCCCAGCAGGCAGGACAUCCAUUCAGCUAAGGAGUCCCAGACUUGUUUUUGAAAAGAUGUCUGGCAGAAGUGCAGUUGGACAUCACCGAGGUGCUACUUUGGGUCCACAACCCCUCAAGGCUACGGUUCCCUAUCAGCUGGCUAACAAGCCUCGACCAAACCGGAGAGAUGGAAAGUCAGCUGGCAAGCCCAAACCGCACCAUCUGAGCUCUGGUAUGAGGCGGACGAUGUCUCUAGAUGCCAUCAUCGGGCCGUACCUGCAGGGACACUGGCCCAAAGAACCAGAGAGCCAGAGCAGCCUGUCUCGCAAGGACAAGUCCACCCAGACCCCAGACUCAUGGUCAGAUAAAUCCCAGAGCAGGAGAGGUAGCAGCAGCCACAAGCGAUCAGCAUCAUGGGGCAGCGCCGAGCAUCAGCGAGAGAUCACUAAACUAAAACAACAGCUGCAGCAGCGCAGCAAACCUAACGUCUCAGAGGGGCAUGACAAAGACUGCCAGCGUGGAUAUCCUCAGGGGAGCAGUACCCUAGGAACUACUCGGACUCAGCCAAUUCCCAUCCCCCUUACUCCCCUGUCUACACUGGUCCCUCGACUGCGCUGCAGUGUGGAGGGCCUCAACCAGGAGCUGGAAGGCAUGUUCAUCUGCCAGCCAUCUCAUCCUCAGCACAGGCUUCUUGAGGUUCCCGACGGUCACCGGGCUCCAGUCCCUCUGCAGAGCUGCAGCAGUGGAUCUCAGAGUGAUCCCGCCACCACACCCCUGACCUCAUCUUCCUCCUCCUCUUCCUCACCUAGCUCCUCUCCCACAAACCUCUCCACCUCCCCACCCAACUCUAAAGACACACCUCUGGAUCUGCACCAAGGUUUGAUAGACGGUGCAGGGAUGGGCCUCCUGUCUCCGUUCCUCUCCCAGAACGAGGCUGACGUCUCCCUGCCUCUGCUGAUGUCAUCGUCCCCAGGGCCCAAUAAAAGUUGCUGCUUCCAGAGAGAGCCUCCAGAGGGCUGCGAAAAGGUCCGAGUCUGGGAGGAGACCAGCAGCCCACGCCAACCCAAGCCAGCCCUCAUCUCCUCGUGCCCAGACCCCAACAAGGUGAACUUCACCCCCCAUGGGGGCUCAGCCUUCUGCCCUGUCAGCCUCCUCAAGCCCCUGCUCCCCUCCAUGGACCUGUUGUUCCGCAGCCUCGCCGUCUCUCCAGCAGGCAGUUGCUCGAGCCAGGGAACGAGCUCCUGCCAGGCAACGUCCUCUGGAAACUGGGCCGCUCCUCCCGAUCCGCCCGCCACCCCCGCUGUCAUGGGAGAAGGCUCUGGGGAGGGCCUCGCUUUCUGAUCCCAGCUGCAGAUCUUGUUCUGUGUGAAUGGAAAUAUUUCAGUGGUCUGGGACAGAUUUGUUGAUGUUGCUUUGUUUUUCCAGAAUGAACCUUUUCUUUUUCUAUACAGGUUUAAAAUAAUAUGUUAAAAAAAUAGUAAUAUUAAAAAAUAAUAAUAAUAAUAUUUUACUCCUACACAAUGCAAUGAAUAUGCUUUAUGAGCUACUUGUUUUGGGUGUCUGGCCAUUGUGAUAUUUCUAAAUCAAGGCAUUUCUGUCAUUUCAUAAUCCAAAGAUAUAUUUUUGGCCAAACACGAGUGUGAGAGAUGAGGAAGUCUCAUUCUACCUGAAAUGUGAUUUGUUGGUGAGUUGCUUCACGUUUUCUUUUUCCUUUUUUUUUUUUUUGUUUCCCCAAAGAAGCUGUGACACACUGCAGGGAGAGUUUAAAAACCAGUGUGUCAUCUCUGUCCAAAAUGUUAGGAGUCUGGGUCAAGGAAGAAAACCCCUUGUUGGCUAAGUUUGCUUGUUUUUUAAGUAUUCAAAGAUAUUUAACUGAAAUUCUUUUUACCGAACAAUCUUGCACCUGUUGCUGUACAUGACAGAUCAGUUGGGUACUUUUUAUUUACCUGAUUUAAAAAGAAAA